UGUUCUUCCAUUAUAUUUUUUAGACUCAUUCAUCAUUUUUGUCAUGAGUAAUAACUGUUUGAAAGUGUCGAAUCGUGGAAGUAUCUACUAUAUCUAGUAUAUAAGUGGGGAUCAUUUGUAACUAUAAAUUAUAUUGCGGUUGUUUGCUUACAAGGAACAAGUAAAUAAACUGACAGCUAUAACAACUACAGACAUUUUAUUACACAUUGAAAAUGAAUGUUGCUUUGAUGACACUGAUGAUGGCUGGAGUGGCCAUGCUAUGUAAUGUCACUACAGCUCUAACAACUGGAGAAUCCAUGCAGAAUGAUAGUGUUGCAUCACUAUACAAUGCGAACAGAACAGCUAAAUACAGAGCAUUCAACUGCAGAAGAAGUGGAUGCCAAAAUAACGGAAUAUGCAUCCCUAUAUUCAAAACACAGAAAUGCAUCUGUCCAACUAACUUUACAGGACUUUACUGUGAGAAAAAUCUCAACGGCUUCAACUUUCUCUCCAAAGUGUUGAUGCUGACAAAAAGUAUGGAAAAAUCCAGCAUCCAAAAGAAUAACACAUUAAGUGGAUGGGGCUUGUCGAAGUUUUUUAAACAAUUGUUUGAUUUGUGAUUAUUAUGUUCACUGAAACAAAGUACUUCGUGAUUGUAUAAGUACAAAGAAACUGAUAUGUUUACUGAAGUGCAUUUUUUACUAGCAGCUACAGCAAAGUUUACAUGUUCACAGGAUUUUAGAGUAGAUGCAACGAAUUUAUGAUAUUAAGACCUGCAAAACUGAAACAUUCACUGAAAUGUACAAUAACGUCCUGAUAUUAAAAGUUUACUCAAAUAAACUGAACGAUUUACAAAAAUACUAACCUCAUACUGUAAUAUAAAAUCUUUUAAAUUACAUAUAUACUCAUAUACAUUCUCAUUGCUUUUUCUACUUCAUUAAGGAUUAUUUUAUAUAUCAGAAUAGCUGUUUUUAGUGGAUAAUUUCUAAAACAGCAGUUUUCAGUGGAUUACAUUACUAAAAGUGCUGUUUUCAGUGUAUAACUCAU